UUGGAGAACUGGGGGAGUAUUCAUUGGUAGCAGCAGGCUCAGUUCUGUUGUCCCUUUAGACAAAACAAAGAAAGUUGCUUCCAGGUUUCUCUGUGGAUGAUGGUCCUGGCCAGUAAAUGAAGGUGCCUGUUAAGUUGCUGGUGGAAUACUGAAGUUAUUUUUGCAGCAUUUGUCUCCUGAGACAGAAGGAUAAUGAGCAAGAGGGUCUCAACUAGAUUGGUUUUCAUUUUGGCUCUGUUUUCUGACGCUGUUAAGCUGGAAUUGGGAACUGAGCAUGAAGAAAGGAACCCAAAGCACAGGACAAAUCUGUCUGUUCUUGGAACACAACCACCUCUGAGAUAUUUUGACUUUUCCCUGAAGACCAUUAAUGAAACAAAUGGCUUUUCAGAGCUGCAAUCUCAUGUACCUUUUAUUGGCCUCACAGACAGCAAGAAGUUAAAUAGACACUGCUGCAAAAAUGGAGGAACCUGUAUCCUAGGCAGUUUUUGUGCAUGUCCAAAAUAUUUCACUGGGAGAUACUGUGACUUUGAUGAACGGAAAAGAGACUGUGGUGCUGUUCUCCAUGGAAACUGGCUACAGAAAGAUUGUUCCUUAUGCAAAUGUGUUUAUGGGACUUUGCAUUGUAUCCCACAAAUGUUUCAAGAUGGUUGUGAUGAAGACAAAUAUGAAGAGGAGAUUCUCCGAAUACUUUCCAUGAGUUCUAAACUGCAGCCAACAGGACGUAUCUGGUUUUUUACACUGUUUAUAUCCCAUUUUAUGGUGUGAAAGCAGAAUAGAAAAGUUCUGUUUUGUCUCUGUGCUUGUAA